AUGUCCACCGGCAACGUGAACCCUCUGCCUAACGGCUUGCCAGUCGUGGAUCCCCUCACCACCAUCGGCACAUCCCCCUUCACAACAGCCAACACCUUCUCCGGCGACUUUCUCAGCCUCCCAAUCCCAGACGACGAGCACCUCUGGGGCCUCAGUCCAAUCUCACCAACCAUGGGCACCGGUGGUUGGGACACGAAGGCUGACGCAGCCGCCUUUGCGGGCUCAGCGCUGGAGCGCGAUCUAAAGAACGCCCAAGUCCGCAACGGUCAACCUACACCCCCUCCAUACGAUGAUCAGCACUUGCAGGAUACAUCCAGCCUCGAGGCUGAACCGGCGAGUAAACGCCGCCGAGCUAGAGAAUCCAAAACCGCCGCUGAAAGUCUGAGUCCCAAUCUAGACGACUGUCCACAACAAGAGCGCGCAAAACGAGCCAAGUUCCUCGAGCGCAACCGUCUCGCCGCAAGUAAAUGUCGGCAAAAGAAGAAAGAACAUACCCAGCAACUGGAAUUCCGGUACAAAGAACAGUCUGAGAAGAAAGAGUUGCUCGUGGGCGAAAUCGCACGGUUACGCUCGGAGAUUCUCAGUCUGAAGAACGAGGUCUUGAAACAUGCCCAGUGCGGCGAUGAGCCCAUCAAGCUUCAUCUGGCGCAGAUGGUGAAGAAGAUCACCGAUACAGAUGGUGGUGCACCCGCCGUGCCGGUUGAUCAGCCCAUCCCAUUACCGGAGCAUGUCCCGGCUUCGCCAUCAGAUACCGCGGCUACGCCGACUGCGACGACUGGGCCGGGACCGACUGGGUCGACGGCUCUUUCGUUUGGAUUCGAUGAUCCGUUGCAGUUGGAGCCUGCGGCAGCUGCGGCUGCAGAGGCCUUUGAGCAGCAGUUACGUCGGGAUUCGGAGGUGUCGAUGGUUUCCGAGUCGUCCUAUGCGUUUUCUGCGGAUGAGACUUUUGAUGACUUGAUCAAUGUAUAA